CGACGUCACGUGAAAAGAAAUGCGCAACAGCCGGGACGGGUCCGCGCGGCGUGAGCGGCUUCCCGAAUCGAUUCGGACGGUCCCGAUGGCAGGCGUCGGCGAAAGGGUCCCGCCGGGAUUCGUCGUCAUACUGUCUCAACACCCGGACCCGCCGACGUGACACUUGACAUUGUGGGGAAAUUCUGCAAACACCUGCGAAACCCACACGCAACGCUCAUCGCGCCGUGGUCUCGAUGCUAACGGAGUCAAAUGUCGAGAAGCUAGAAUGCACAGAAACGACGCGACACCAAUUCCGGCAAGUUUUGGCAGCUGAUCUUGGAUUUGCGGCAAAAUCGCCUUGCGCACAAUACUUCAGCCACUUCACACGCAUAAUCUUGGACAAGCGCCUGGAGCUUCCAUAAUAGUAAUAUGGCAAUUGACAACUUCUACUCGUCACCUCCGUCCGAACCUCUCGCCAACGAAGAAAGCAAGACCUUCUAUCCUCUCCCGAUACCCAUCAGCCACUGGCAAUUGCGUCAUUUCAUCUCCGUGCCCGCAUCGACCUCAUCACGCGACUUGGAGGAGGACUUCUUGUACUAUGCAAGUGGACCAGACGUGUACUGCUUGAACAGAAAGAGCAGGAAGAGGAAGCAGGUUACAAGUUUACCCUUCGAUGCGCGCUGCACCGCCAGCGGGUACGGCUGGGUUUGCGUGGGAGGAGAUGAUGAGGGUCGGUUCGCAGCGUUGAAGUCCGACGGCACCACUGAGUUCGAGGAAGCGAGUGACAGACCAGAUCCGCUCCCAAGAGAUGUCGAAGGAUGGCAGCUCGUUGAGAGAGGAGGUGCACCAGGUGCACGGGUGGAGCGCAUCGGCGAGGACAUCGUGAACUCCAUUUCAGUCCACCGAUUGACAUGCCCGACGUCGCAUUUGGAGGAUACUGUCGCGGUACUCACCAACAAUGACAAGACGGUACGCGUGUAUUCUUUGCUGCUGGGGCAAGAGACAUGCUGCAAAGACCUUCCCUUUGCCAUGAAUCACGCCACGAUCUCGCCGUGUGGCACUUUACUGGUCGCUGUCGGAGACGAGCCCAAAGCAUUCUUCUUCCGAAGAGAAAUGCUGAAAGAACCACCGCAAAUUCCCAAGCCGCAUAAUCGGUUGAACAGUGCGAGCGUAGGCUGGCAAUUGAUAUAUGCGGUCGACCUCCACGUUACUCCAGCAUCAUCUGUGCCAAUGGGUUUAUCACCAACGCAACCAAGGGGCUACUUUACCACAGCCUGGAGUCCAAAUUCGAAACUCUGCGCCGUCGGAUCAGAGGGUGGAUACAUCACCGUUUUCGACGCCGAUCUUCUACCGGAGACGCUGUCAGAAACAAGCUCAUACGACACUGCUAUAGUGGCUGUAGUUCCUGGCUCUCGACCAGAUGAUCCUUCACCUCACCCGGGAGCCAUUCGAAGUAUGAUUUUCAGUCCACAUCCCUGGGACCUACUUUUCUGGACAGAAGACCAAGGGCGGAUAUGCAUAGGAGAUCUCAGGACCGGUUUGCAAACCAGGCAGAUUGUGGAGCUUGAGACGAAGGAGAUCAAGAAACGUGGUCGGUAUGCCGACGUAGGUGAGGCGAACCAAAGCAGCGACCUGGAUCAGACGAUAGGAGAAAGCGGGCACGAAGAUGAGAUCGGCGAGAUAUGGUUGAAUCACGCUGCUGGAAACGGUGUGCAAGGCUUUGACCAUGACGACCUUGUCAGAUUAGAGACAAGUGCGGGCAGCGCCAAUUUUGCGCGCCAGUAUCUGGAGACCCUCGAGGAGCGUAGGCGGCUCACGAAUCGAAGGCGCCAACUGAUGCAAUCACAACCACAACCGUCGUCGUCAAGUUCGACUCGCGGCGGACUGACACCGCGAGAAGAAGAACUUAUUGAUUCUCUCAGAGUCGGAAGGCAACGCGAAGAACUACGCGCGGCCGCUGCUGGAACAACUCCGAGGGGCGUCAAUUAUACGUCUGGCGUGCUUUUCUCGGGAGGUGGUGGGAGCAGCACAAGCGAAGACAGCACAGCACGACUUCUACGGCGGACGCGAAACGUCGUGAACCUGCUCCCGGGGAGAAACCCAGCCGCCCGAACAACAUCCACAUCACAACCUCUCACUUCCGACGAACAAUCCGGGAACGAGACCGUCGAAGAUGACGAGGACGAGGACCACGAGGAAGAAGGUGACGAUGACAACGACGCCUGGCGGCCCAUCGAACGCCUCCACGCCCAACAACGCCGCGCCGAUCGCGACACCCUCUCGGCCGCGCGCACCACCGCGGCCACUUCCCGCCACACCCGCGACAAUCCCACCCGGCCACCAGGCCGCCACCUCCGUGUGCAUUCCUCCAUGUAUCCCCCCCGCCCGUCCUACGCCGCCUACGAGACCAUGUUCACCAGCCGGCACCUCAUCGCGAGGAACCGGAACGGCACCGAAGUCGGACCGCGGACGACGGGCUUGGCGCUGAGCGGGGACUCGCGGACGUUGUUCGCGGCGUGUGAGGAAGGCAUCUUUGAGAUCGGGGUGAACCUCAAGGGGAGGAUGUUUUGGACCGCGAGGGAAAUCCGGUGAAUGUUGUUGUUUUUAUUUUUUGGGGCGGUUCCCCGAGUCCUAUGGUGUCAUCAGUCCUUGAAAAACCCAUUUCUCUUCUCUUCUCUCCCCUUCACUUUUUUCUCUUUUUGUUGCUUGAGAUUGUGAAGAAAUCACAUGCGAUUUUCAUUGCAUGUGGAACGAGAUAUCAUGCUCAACCGCGACUUGCCAGCUAGUACAGUAGCUUUGGCGAUCUCCGAGAUCAAAAGUCUAUUGUGAUGAAUCGAUAGUUGCGAUCGGCCAUCCGGCUCCGUGGCGAGGACCCACGUCCGUGCAGUAGCAUAGCAGGAAGGAAGCCAAAAGCGAGUUAAUGUUGGAUGCGAUAAUCUCUCACGAGGCUUCCUCGUUCUAGCUUUCAGAUCAAGUGGAACUCUCGCUCUCGCUCUCGAUGACGAGAUCGGUAGCGCUUCUUUUUUUCGAAUAGAUUUCAUGUCUAGGCGAUCAAACGUAUAAUUGAUGGU